AUGGCCCUCGACUCAACCACAGUACCUGGAGCCUCGCCCACGAGCAAUCCGUCAAGCGCACAACCGGCCUCUGGUUCGCUCUCCCGCCAGACAUCCACCCCAGCAUCUCGACGAGCCUCGCAGAUAUCCCCAAUGGGUCCUCCACCGCUCCCUCUCGCAUCCCCAGGCGGCACCAUCCCGACAUCUUCGCACCCGCACACGCACGCUUUCCCACCCCUCAGCCCAGGACCCACCAGCUACAUGCACGCAACCACCUCAGCCGACUCGGACGCUUCGAGCGUUCCCAUGCGGCACCCUCGCCCCAUGACAGCCGCCGAACUGCACCUCGAGCUCGAAAAAGAACAAGAAGCCGUCGUAAACCGGCUCACGCGCGAACUCUCCGCCCUCCGCGCCCACUCCGCUUCGGUCGCCUCGACAACCUCUUUAUCCAGCAGCGCUGCCGACUCCUCCAUCGCUCACGUCGACGGCCUCGUUACCCCCGGUUCAAUGCAUCCGACGUCGUCGCGCCGCCACCGUAGCUCGUCGAGUGUGUCGCGCGGUGCGAAUCACACUACUGCUGCGGGGGCGGCGGCGGCGUCGGCGCAUAGGUAUUCUGUUUCUUCGCAGCAGACGGGGGCCUCGCGGUAUGAGGAGGUUGCGGCGCAAAAGGCGGAGUUGGAGGAGGUGAAGAGGGAGAAUGAGGGGUUGAAGGAGAGGAUUAGGGAG